GACAAUAUCAGCUGACAUCAUCAAAUGCAAGUGAAGUUUCUUGAGGAAUGGUGUGAAAUUUGAAGUCAGAAUGUCAUCCACAACGAACCGUGUUCCAUGAAUGCACUGAGGAAUUUCAUGGGACAAAUCCUAUGAACACUAAUGUCGAUUUACCAGUCAGAGGCUCCUAACCAGAAGAAAUGACAUCAGAAAUUGGCAUCAAGUCACUUAAGAUUUCUGAAGUUUUUACUACAAGAGGCUGUAAAGUAUAUUGAAUGGGUUAUUCCAGCAUAAUUGACAGUCAGUGAUUUGUUUUAGCAUUAUCUUUCAAGUCUAAAUCUAAAUCUGUUAGGAACAGUAAGCUUAUCUUAAGGCCUCAACAGAAAUAGGUUAUACUAGAAUGUAGAUGUAGGCUGGUUUACAGAGAUUUAUUUUCAAGUGUCAGUCUCUAGAAGAGUUGCCAGUUGAGAAUAUUCUUGAGAAAUUCACUUAAACAAGUUUUACUUGUCAUCAUGUCACCAGUACAAAGGGCCUUUGAUUAUGUUAGGUUGAUGAUUUGAGCAAAGUUAUAUUGCAUUUUGGUAAGUGGAGGUAAAAGGGUUAUUGUGUAAGUAAACUUGUGAAGGUGCUGAUGUCACAUGUAUAAAAUUUAAAACUAGUUAAAAGAUUAUGACAUAGGCAUAUAUUGCUAUAUCUAUUCUCCAGAGUUUAAUAGCUUGGAAUAUGAACUGUGUAGCCUUACAGUGAUCUUAUAGUGCACUGAAAGCUAGAAAAAGACUGUGGCAGCUAUGGACGAAAAGCCAAAUAUGAACACUAUGGCAGCUAGGGACGAAAAGCCAAAAAUUAACACAAAACAUGUCUUGGACCAUUGUAUAAAAAGUGAAUUUGAAAAUUCAUCUUUACCCUCUUCUCUAAAGCAUGAGAGCAAAGACUUGGUUGGUUGUAGUGGAGUCACUGAUUAUGAAUCUUUGCCUUUGUCUCCAUCUGUGGAAAUCAAAGUAGAGCCAGAAACAUUUGUGUCUGAUGGAAUUUGUACGGCUGGUUCAACAGCAAUUGAGGGAGAUUCACUGACUCACAAUAAUGACGUCACCAGAGAAGGAAAUUUGAUUGUCUUUACAGGUCUCCUCAACGAAGAUCGGAAAAACACAGAAUCCUAUGAGAAUCAGAGAAUGCACAAAGAAGAGGAAACUUUUUCGGAUGAUCCACAAAAUAUAUGUUUGCAGAAAGGGGUGUUUGGGAAUGAUGCCAUAAUUCAGAACAGAGAAGAGGAAUUCACGAGCGGGGAGUGUGAAAUACCUUUUGGUCGGCAAACUCAAUCGAGCACCCACGCUGCAGAUAAACCGUUCGAAUGUAAGGAAUGCGAUAAAGCAUUUUCUUGUGAAAGGUAUCUGGUGAAUCACAUGGCAAUUCACAGUGGAGUGAAACCAUAUAAAUGCACCGAGUGUGGGAAAGCUUUUUUCCGUGAAUCUAGUCUGUUUAGCCACAAAAGACUUCACAUGGAAGUAAAGCCCUUCAGGUGUGUCGAAUGCGGGAAAUCAUUUUCUCAGAAGGUAGUCCUUGAAAAUCAUGUAAGAGUUCACACUGGGGAGAAACCAUUCUGCUGUGAUGUGUGUGGGAGAGCAUUUAGCUGAAGUUCAGUCUCACAAAUCACUUGAGGACUCACAGUGGUGAAAAGUCUUUCAUGUGCAAUGAAUGUGGGAAAGCCUUCUACACAAAAUUUAAUCUUGCAAAGCAUAAGAGGACUCACUCCGCAGACAGGCCUUAUGCAUGUAGCGUAUGUGGGAGAGCCUUCUCCUCGAAGUUCAAUCUAAAAAAGCACGGAAGGAGUCACACGGGAGAGAAGCCUUACCCGUGUAGUGACUGUGGGAAGGCAUUUUCACAUAAGGCUAACCUCGUGAGUCACAUGCACAGUCACACUGGGGAGAUUCCGUACGGGUGCCCGGAAUGUGGGAAAGCCUUCUCUCUGAGGAGUAAACUGACCAAGCAUAUUUUGUUGUCUCACAAUGGGAUGAAGCCCUUUGAAUGCCAUGAGUGCGGGAAAGCAUUUCCCCUGAAGAAUAAACUCGCCUUGCACAUGAGAAUUCAUACUGGCGAGAAGCCUUUCGGCUGCAAUCAGUGUGGGAAGACGUUUUCUCAGAAGUGUAACCUCAACAAACAUGUGAAAAUUCAUACUGGUGAAAAGCCUUUCAGCUGCAUGGAAUGUGGGAAAUCAUUUCCUCAGAAUUAUAGGCUUGAAAAGCACAUGAGGAUCCAUGCAGAAGCAAGAGAGUCUGCUCUUGUGCAGUGAGUGUGGUCAAGUCUUUUCCCAGAAAAAUUCUUCAUAUGACAUUUGAACCCUCACAUUGAUUAAAAAAUGCUCAUAGUAACAUGAGUCUUGAAAUGGAGAAACAAAUCCACAGUUAUGUAUGGGUACUACAAGUAUAUUUGUAAAUCAAUCUAAACAGAUUUCCAAAACCUCCCACAUAACUGUGGGUUUGUUUCUCUUCUCACGCUUGAUUUUCAGCCCUUUCAGACCAAGUAAAUGUGGAAAACCACUUUCUCGGCAACUAUCUUUGCAAGUUGAAGGUUAAGAUGUGCAGUGUGUUGAGGGUAACAAUUUACCAUGCAUGUCAAAGAUAUAAAUGUUGCUGGGUUUACUUUCUCCAAGUUUAGAUUAGUGUAUACUCUAUUUAUACUUCACUAGCCUCUCAUAGUCAUUUAACUUAUUACAGAAUGUCACUUUACUCAUUUUGUGGCCAGCCCAACCAGCUUAGGCCAGUCUGACUGACCAGGCACAAGGUAGCGCUUAAAACCUUAACCCUUACAGGCCAGGGAUGAUCAUGUGAGGCAUAAUAUUAGCUCUGGAUGUUUGAUCCGGUGUGCCACAGGUGGGAAUCUAUAUUUCACGCCAUGCAGUUCGAAUUAAUUAUGCUGGAAAAAUGUUCAGAUCACUUGAAUAGGCCAUAAGUGACUUAUGGCAACUCUUAUGGCAACACUAGCAUCUCAGUACAGGAUAGAGGGAGAUCAGUGUAACUUGAGAUUUCAUGGGGGAAUGUACUGCACCUUCCCAACCCAGGACACUUGUGUAUAGUUGCUCAUGAAUAUACCCAUGGAUGCUGUUGGUUUUAGUUCUUAUCUUUUAUGAUAGUAUGACAGCUAUAGUUGUAAUUGUGCAAAGUAAAGUACUAAGAAAUAUUUUUUCAAAUUUUAUAACUUUAAAAGGUACUGCAUCUUCCCACCUCAGUAUAUUUCUUAAAUAUUUUACCAUAAACAUAAUACUCAGAAUUUGUUAGAUUUCAGCUCUUAUAUACUGUUAUGAUAUCAUAUGAGCUGUAAUUGUAAUUUUACAAAAUAGAAUGAAAAAAAAAUAUUAAAACAUCUAUAACUUGGUAAAAUUAGCCUAUUUUUACAAGUGUCCUGGAAAAGAGGCCCCAUGUUCAUUUGCAUAUCGUCCUCUUUCCAUUGAUAGGGGUGUUCUUAAUUAUCUAUUUUAGCCCAGCCAAUAAGGGUUAACCUAAACUGAGUGGUGAUAUGUCUUAUACCAGAUGGUUCUGUGCCAUAUGUGAGCUCUUCAGUUGCCUUCUCUUCUAAGAGGAUAUUUGGCUUUAGUAAAAUGUAGUCUUAGCCAGUACAAGUGAAUAUAAUUCUAUUAAGCAAAUUCUUUUGCUCUAUAUAUAAUAAUUGUUGCUAUCACCAAGGUCCAUAUGGCAUCACGUUUGGUUUACAAUAAGAGGUCUUCAAAAAGCUUCCAUUUGUCUACAAUGCAUGAAAUUGACUUCAAGUUGUUUUGAUUUGCUCUGUAAUAGGGGCCAAAUGAAACCAAAGUUAUUGGGUAGAUAGAUUUUCUCAAAUAUUCUUGGUUUAACUUCAGAUGCUGAAUCAUAUAUAUGUAUGUUUAUUUAUAUGUAAGUAUAUGAGUAACUAUUUUAGGACAUUAUGUUUUUUGUCCCAUGACAGCUAUUUCCAAAUUUGAUUCUUCAUGUUGAUAAAAUUGUAUUGUGCAGUUUUCAAUAAAUUAUAUUUAUAACUA